AGAAACUGGACGUUCUCUGUAGAGAAUGAUCGAGGUGCAGAGAAUCUGGGUUUUAUAUAAAAAUAACUUAAUACUCAGUUCAAACUUUAAGUAAAGUGCCUGAAAAGUUUCUGCUUUGCAUUUAAUAAAAGCUGGAGACGUCCGCUGGUUGACGGCGGGAAGCCUGAGAAUCUCUGCGGGAGGAGAUGUACCGUGGGCGGCCUCCGCCAAGAGGAGGCUACCGGCCGCCUUUCGAAGGCCGAGGUCUGCCGCCCCCGAGGCCUUACCCGGAACCCGGCUACAGAGACGACAGGAGCCGGCCCAGACCUCCGUACCACCCCGGCUACCACGACCACGGUCACCCGGACUCCUACCGCCGCUCCCCGCCGCGCAGGAGGUACCCUUCCCCCGGUUCAGGAAGUCACCGCAGCGGAGAGUACUGGACCGGAGGUCCUCCAAGAGAGAGGUCUCCGUCGCCUCGUGGCUCGGGGGCCAUCGACCACAACCUGGUCAUCACGGUCGGCAACGAGCUGACUGGACCCUCUGGCUCCGCCCCUUCACGGCAUCAUGACAGAGAUUACGCUCCUCGACCCGAGUACGAGCGGAGCCGGAGCCGACCUCACAGCCGGAGUCCGGACCGGAGCCGGGCCAAGAGCCUGGGACGUAGCAAAAGUCAGGCGAGGAGCAAGAGCCGGCCCCGCAGCCAGAGCCGCAGUCCGGACCGGAGCCGGGCCAAGAGCCGUGGACGGAGCAAAAGCCGCAGUCCGGACCGGAGCCGGGCCAAGAGCCGUGGACGGAGCAAAAGCCGCAGUCCGGACAGGAGCCGGGCUAAAAGUCAGGUCCGGAGCAAGAGUCGACCCCGCAGCAGGUCUAGAUCCAGGUCCAGAGGGCGGAGCCACGGCCGCAGUAAGAGUCGACCUAGGAGUCGCAGUGCGAGCAGCAGCUCAAGCUCGAGCAGCGGCGUCGCCAACGAUGACAAAUCCAGAAAAGAGUUCAAAGAGCUGGAUACGGCUCGACGCAGGAAGGAGCUCGAGGAGAUGCUGAGUCUGCCGACAAAAUCCAUCCUGAAGAAACGCAACGACUCCGAGGACUCGCCGUCGCUCAGGACAUCAGACUCUCCCAGAGGCUCCAACAUUUCCCGGGUGGCCGACCAGCUGCUCCAGGCUGUUAAAGGCAUGGAGCCUCACAUGGUGGCCUCCAUGCUGUCAGAGCUGCGGUCCGACCCACAGAUGGCUCACCGCGUCGGCCUGGAUGCUGAGAUCAGAGAGAUCCUCCACAUGCUGGGGGGGCAGACGGUGACUCAGGAGAAGACGGAUGACAUCGACGACGAGGAGAAGUUCUUGUACGGAGACUCGGAGGACCCCAAACUUCCAGCGGCGUCCGAGCUGGUCCGACACCAGGGGCUGGAUCUGUACGGAGACGUGACGGAGGAGGCGCUGUACGGAGACUAUCCGCCACAGAACGCCGUCCUCACUCAGACGUACGGCCUCCCACCGGGGGCCUCGCCUCACCUUCAUGCCCAUCCCACAAUGGGGGAGGUGGACGUAAGGUACGCGAGCCGGUCCUCCAUCAGCCCCGACCGCAACAUCAUGGUGCAGGUGGCGAACCCCGCCUUCCCUCCGGGGACGGAGCCACUGAAGGAGGGUGAGCGUCAGGCGCUGGAGGAGUACGAGAAGAUCCAGGACCUGCUGAAGACCAUCGGCCUGGACCUGGGUGUGACCGAGAUCAGCAAGAUGGCUGCCAGGACCAAAGAGCGUCUCCACGGAAACAAGCCGCCUCCAAAGACACCCACGCGCAGCAGGCGUCACUCUUCUGGCAGCUCGGACGGCGACCGGGGCCGCAGGAGGCGGAGCCACAGCGGCAGUUCCAGCAGCAGCAACAGUCGGUGUCGCAGCCGCGGGCGGGGGGGCAGCUGGAGCAGUGAUGAUAGUCGCAGGAAGCGUUCAGCGCCGGCCAAAUCUCAUAAAGACAUGAAGGAGUUGAACGCCGAACAGAGCGCUGCACCGCCACCACACAAUGAGGCGCCACCACAAAUCCCCGACACCAACAUCCUCCCCCCCCACCCCGGGGUGCCCAUCCCCUCUUACCCCCCCUCGCAGGUCCACGGCAUGAUGCCCCCAAACUUUCCGCCACCGGGUUACAGCCAGUACGGAAACUACCUGCCCUACAUGCACCAGCAGUGGCCGCCAAUGUACCCGCCCCCCAGCAUGGCCCUGCCCCCCCAAACUGGCCCCGACGACUUCCCCCCCACUCUUUCUUACCAACACCCCUACAACAACCCAUCGGCCGCGGAGCCGGGCGCCAAAGGUGCGACGAAGGGGAAAGUGAGCAGCCAGGAGCGCAAAGUGUCCGAGGAGCAGAACAACGAGAGCCAGAAACAAAAGGUUCUGGAGGAGAGGGAGAAGCUGAAGCAGGAGCGGGAGAUCCGCAUGAAGAAGAAAGAAUAUCUGAUGAAGGAGCUGGAGAGACUCCGGAAGCAACAAGGCGAGCUGCUGAGGAAGAAGCGGCGGGAGAAGGGCGGGCACAAAGACCCUCUGCUGCAGGAGAUCAGCCACCUGCAGGAGGACGUCAUGGCGCAGAUCUCCAGCCUGCGCAAAGAGCACGAGGCCGCCGAGAAGAACCGCAACGAGAUCGAGAAGAUAGCGCUGAUCCUCGGCCUGAUCCCCUCCGACCGGCCCCGCAGGGCCGCCGAGCCGGAGGAGCCAGAGAAGAAGAAACGUGAGGCGCCGAGGAGUCCCGAGGGCCGGCCCGCCGCCAGCAGCUCCACCGUGAAGCAGCCCUCAGCGCCGUCGAGAGCGUCCCCAGAAGAGCCGCCGGCUGGGGACGCCGAGCCGUUUGAAUACUAUGACGCAGGAAACCACUGGUGUAAAAACUGUAACGUCACGUCGGGAUCCAUGUUUGAUUUUUUCACGCACUUGCACAGCAAAACGCACCGAAAGACUCUGGACCCGUACGACCGGCCCUGGGCGUCCACGCCCAACAAGAUCGCCAAGAACCUGCUUUCAGAGGAGAAGCUGACUAAACCGGCCAAAGGUUCAGAGUUUCUGCUGCCCGUCAGAGGAUUCUACUGCCUGCUGUGCCGACAGUUCUAUGGAGACGCCAUCUGUGCAGAGGAGCAUGUGACCAGGCACGCCCACAACGAGAAGUACAAGAAACAAAUGUACGAGAAUCCUUUGUACGAGCAGAGGAGGAACCUGGACCGCCAGGCCGGCCUGACCACCGAGACCAGCGGAAAGAAACGCAAACAUGAGGAGGAAGAAAAAGUUAGCAAGGACAAGGAGGAGAAGUCCAAGCACAAAAAGGAGAAGAAGGAGAAGAAGAAGGAGGAGGUUGAGGCUGUUCAGACGGAGGAGAAGGUUAAAAAGGAGGCAGAGGAGGUGGAGAAGCCGAGCAAGAAAGAGGAGGAUUUUAAAACUGCCAAAAGCCUCGAAGAGGAGCGGCCUUCUCACAGCAAGAAGGAUGAGGAGGAAAAGUAUAAAUGCAGCAAGAAGGAUGAUAAAUAUCGCCACAGCAGAGAGGAGGAGGAGAGGGGGAAACACAGUAGGAGAGACGAGGACGACCGCUACAAAUACAGCAGAGAAGAAGAGUAUCGGCACCGAUACGAUGACCGAUAUGACAGUCGCCCCAAAUAUGGGCCGAGAGACGACGAGUAUAAACACGGUAAAUAUUCAGAUUCUAGAUCCAAGUAUGACCGAGAGCGAGACGAAGGAAAACUCAAGGCUGAGAAGGAAGCUUUUAAAAAGCUUCCGCCUGAGAAACCAGCAACGAAACCAGACAAACCUGAACCUCCGCCAAAGCCCUACGACGCACCCAAAAUCCUGUGUGGACCCAGUCCCGCCAUGAGGGCUAAGCUCCGCAAGCAGACCCUGGAAACCGCCAAACCAGCACCUGCGGUCAUGACCACCACCAUGACCCCUACGUUUGGAAAGUUCACGUGGAAGAAGAGAGAAAACUUUCUGGCGAAGGAGGCGGAGAAAGUUGCUGCAGAGUUCAUCAAGGAAGAUGAAGCGGCGGCGAAGCAGAACCCGGUCUCGGUGGAGGACUCUUUUGCAAAAUCUAUGGCUGUGGCUAAAGAGAUCGCCCAGAAGCUUGGGGGCCACCAAACUCCUCCCUGGGUGUCCAAUGGCGCCAACCGGGGGAGGAUCCGGCCCAACCUCCCUGCACCGGCUGCAGUCAUGAGGAAAACCGCCAUGAUGGGUAAACCUGCACCUCUGAACACCUUCCUCUCCAUGAGACCCCAAAACACAGGUUUACCUGUGACUGUUCCAGAAGGGUCGCCAAUUUCUGAUGAUUUGGAGAAGACUCUUAAUGCCCAGAAAACAGUUGUGGAAACUAAACCUCAGCUAACAAGUGCUGGAUCUGGGACGUCCGAGGCUGUGCCUCCGCCGCCGAUGUUAGGAUCUGCACCAUUUGAAGCUAAACUUUCACCCCGGGUGUUUGGACCUGCACCGUUUGAAGCUAAACUUUCACCCCGGGUGUUUGGACCUGCACCGUUUGAGGUUAAACCUGCACCACCAAUUUGUAACCCUGCGCCACCAGUUUCCAAACCUGCUACCUCUGCGCCUUCUGAAACUGCUCCUUUUCCUAAACUGGCACAACCAACAAUGAUGAAGAUUGUGUCUGACGUGGCAGCUCCCGGCGUCCCGGAGGGCGAGCAAACUCGUACGGUGUUCGUCAAGCCUCCACCUUUCAUGAACAUGGGUGACGGAGCUCAGAAGUCUGAGAAACUCAAGAGUCAUCUUGCUGCAGCCAAAGCCCAGGACUUAUUCGACAUCUUCUACAGUAAAGUCGACCAAUCCGGAGCAUACUCCAUCACUAAACCAGCAACAGAUGCCAGGGCUGACGUGAGCAGCACCAAUAAAAGUCAACUUCUUACCACGAUAGCACCAAAACCACAACCUCAUCCUCUCACCCAGCGCCAACCUCCACCUGUGGUCUUUAAACCUCCACAAGACUCCCAAAGUGCCCAAACCCAGCAGGAAUCAAACAUUCAAAUUGCAUCUGUUUGGUCCUUGCAGCCCGCCCAAACUCCAACACCAGAGGAAACACAAAAAAUCCAACCAAAAUGUAAUCCACCGGCCCCGCCUGAGUCACAGAGUGAACCCCAGAACCAGCCCUCACCUCCUAAAUCUGAGUCCCAAAUCGCCCCACAAACAAAGCCUGCCGAGCUGGAACCAACACCUCAAACUCAGUCCUCGCCCAACCUGGCUCCUGAUAUACAAUCAGAGCCCCAGCCAGACCAGGACCCUCAGCUCCAUCUAGAACCCCAGCCAGACCAGGACCCUCAGCUCCAUCUAGAACCCCAGCCAGACCAGGACCCUCAGCUCCAUCUAGAACCCCAGCCAGACCAGGACCCUCAGCUCCAUCUAGAGCCCCGUCCCGACUCAGCUCCAGAACCUGCGCCCAAGCCGGGCCCUAAAACUAGAGGAAAGAGAACUCCUCCUGCCCCCCGCCCUGUCCGGCAAACCAGAUCCCAAACCAGAUACCAAACCCGGCGGAAGCAGCAGUCUGAGCCGGAGCCUGAGCCGGCGUCAGGAGAUUCGGACUCGGCAGUUUCGGACCCAAAGGGGCUGGACGCGUCAGAUCCCGGCUCCGGGCUGCAGCCUGGGGAGGGGGCACCAGGCGAGGACACUCCGAUGACUGAGAUCACCCCUGAAACGCUGGGCCUCCCCUCGGACAUGACCUCUCUGGACUUUGACUACGAUUUUAACUUUGAGUAGCAGCUCGCGUGUCGCAGGAAGUCUUUAACUUUGUGUGUCGAGGCAGCUGGAGAUGAACGACACCGACGGACUCGAGACUUUUUAAACUCGGACCUCCGUCUCUUCAAAGGACCAGUUUGACGUUUAGUGAAACUCUCGUUUGUUGCUUCAGAUGGAUCCGUUUCAAUAAUAACUCCCAUAAAGGGACGGAAGAGAACAUGGAUGUUUACUGAGAAGCUUCGAGUUAUAAGAUGAACUGAAUCUGUUUCCUGGUUUGGGUCAGAAACAAUCUGGAUAAUUUUAAGGGCUAAAAAGACAUUUGAUGCAUAUUAGGGCCGUUGUAAGUAAAAAUAUUAAUAUUUACGGAGCUGAGGGAAGUGGGGGAAUUUUGAGAGAAUAACUCAUAAAUGUUGUUAAUUUGAGAAACAAACUAAGAAUAUUGUUAUGAAUCGAGGAAUCGCUUUAAUAUUCUAGAUGUUUUCGUAAAUGUACGACUUUAAUCUCUUCUGAGUUUUUCUCUGAAUAUUUUCCCGACUUCGUUAUUAUUUUUUCCUACGAAGGCUUUAAAGCGUCAUCAGGACAAGAAGUUAAAUUAAUGUUUUCAGUUUGCUUUUCAUUGAAUUGAUAAUAUUUCGUCUUCAGCGUCUCGAGUUACUCGAACACUUUCUUCUCCCACAGAAACUUCGUUUUAAUGCGUCACAAACUUCUCUGGGUUUUUGUCCGAACUAAAUCCACCGCCGUGUAGUAAAUGUGAACUGUUCCUUUAGAAGACCUGCCCCCCCCAAACCCCCCCCCCCCCGCCCCCUGCAGGUACACCUGUGGAUGUUUUCUGUUUUAUACUCAACUUUAUUUCCUCUAAAUAAAUAACGUCGGACCAAAAGCUCCAUGUUCGCUGGAGUGUCCAGGUUUGUGUUCGUGUGUCUGUCGGGAAACAAAACUGCUUCAAGUCGAGUUUUAAUAAAAGUUUGUGGAGAAACGCUGAGUCGUGAUUAUUGUAAGUUUCAUCACAGUUUAGUUAUUUUAUAUGAAACAUUAAAAAGUUAUUAAACACU